GUCGCGAAAUUCAAGUCCUGCUCCCAAAUCAGUCAGCUCCAAAGAGAUCCAAUUUGGAGAUUGGGCCGUCAUGUCCUGGACGAAGCCACCCACAUAACACUUGACGCACUUGUUGUGGAGACCAUGCGCAAGUUUGCCGAACUUCUCCCCAGAAAUGAAUUUCGUUUUCUUCUUCUCAACCAAAUCAGACGGACUACUCGACUCGAAAAGAUUACUGCCACUGGAUGAUUUAAUCGCACAACAUCCGGAGUUGGGGGAUAGGUUAGAUGAAGCAUGGGAGGCUCAAUCGUUCAAGGAGAUACGAUGCUUGAAAAUUCUCCUUCCAACCGCCCAGCCUGCGGAUCCUCCCGACCCUGAAGCGAUACUUGAUUCUCAAUCAUCUGAAGAUGGUGGGCAGAGCAUCGCCUGCUUGUGUCAUUCCUUUCCGACCUCCUUCCAGCAGCAGUCAAGUCGUGGUCUUCUAAAUUCAGAAGAGACGCUGCCAACAUUCUACAUGAUGAGACAAGAUAUUGCUGAUACAUAUGCUCGCCUCUUCCGAAUGGUCGACGAGUUCUCCAAGAAGUCCCCUUCAAUCUCCGUCAGGGAGCUGAAGGAUUCCGGCUCCUGACCAUAAUGUCUUGAAUUGGUUCACAAGGAUUGGCCUUAAAGAGCAUGAAAGUGAUACUCGUUUCAGCGCAUUUCUCACUGCAUUGUUCGAGAGGGUAUCCAACAUCAUUGGACAAAAAUU